GUAAGUAGCAGUGCCACGUCAGCAACAUGACGGGCCUGCCAGACCAACUGCCCAACGAGUCCCUUGCAGCUUACAAGCAGCGGUUCCAGGCUCAGAUAGAGGCUGAGGAACAACUCCAGCUAGCAGCCGAGGCUGCCCGCGUACAGGCUGAAGAGGCAGCAGCAGCAAAGCAACUGCAGCUACAAGCCGAUGCAGACGCAGAUGCCCAGRCUCGCCGCAAGGAAGCCCAGGAUCUGCUGCAGUGGCAUGAAGCCAACAGCAUCGACAGACUCAAGUUCUGGCAUUUUGAACCAAACGGCGACGAGGCAACACCGGAAGAGAAGCACAAGGAGUUCCUCUCCAAACUCGUGACAAGGUUGUUGUACGCUUGCAACUACCAACGGUCAGAGUUGGAGAGACAGUACCAGGACCUGACGCAACGGCAUCAGGAGUUGGCAAAGCUCCGCCGCAUGGUGCAGAGCCAUGAGGAUGCAACUCGGGCACUCAAUGCCCGAUUGCUGGACCUGGAACAAGCUGUACCAGGACCAGCUGAUAGAGCUUCCAGCAGUGCACCCUCUAGCCGCCAAUUGGAGGACCGCGUUGACCACGUAGUGGCAAUGCUCGGCGACAUCAACACUUUCGCUGCGCCGACCACCACCUUCAGCAGUCAGUUGCAUACAUUGAAGACCGAGGUCCAGCAGCUGCAGACGACGAACGCGGAUGGCAACCCGAAGAUGUAUAAAAUGCCAACUUUCAAUCUGGAGAGGUUCGACGACUACACACAGCAGGAUCCGGUCCUCUGGUGGGAAGCAUUCACAACGCAACUCAGGAUUCUGCCCGUAGCCAAGCAUGCGUACAUCGGCGUCCUAUUCCUGAACUCAAAGGGCGGAUGCCAGACCUGGUUGAGCCACCUGGCAACCUCCCACGGCGUUGACGUACCAGACUUGAAGGACAAAGUCACAUGGGAGGAACUGACACGGCUGUGGAAGAAGCGGUUCAUCGUCGACGACGCGCCGACACUCGCCAUCAACUAUCUGUUCACCAUGUCACAAUGCAACACUGCAACACGGGACUGGCUCACGGAGUGGCAGAAGAUUGCGGCAGUGCCCAAUCUGGACAUGCCUUUCACUCAUCUCAGACGUGAGUUCUACAACAGAUCCUGUGCGGCAUUGAGCCAGGCUCUUGGUGAUCGCGAGCAGUACUCAACCUUCGCUCAAAUCAUUGACAAGGCGAGGGAGAUCAUCAAGACCAACAGGUCAGCUGCACACAAGAAGUCACCAUGGCAGCCGACCUAUGUGGAGAAGGUACGAACUGGUUCGCGACAGCAGCACUUCGCUGCAGUCCAGCAGGACAGUGGAAAUAACCCAGCAGCCACUCCAGCAUCAAGUGACGGAGAUCAGGUGGCUGCUGUCCAGCCGCGAAGCAACAACAAGUCCCGCAACAAUGGGAAGGCGAAAUCCGCAUCGCAGGCCGGAAAUGGACAGCCAGUACAAGUUCCAUGGGUCAAGUUUGGCUUGACCGAGGCGGAGUACAAGGUCCGUGAGGCGACUCCACCUUCUACUCCGCCAGAUUCGGCCGCCUUGCUAGCGGCCUCCUGCACAUCUGGGGAGGAUGCGAAUGUCGCAAGUCCUCGGUAUACUUACGAGGAUUAUGCUGUCCACUUAGUUCCACCGCUGGACCAACCGCUCCACGUGCAACAAUCCACCGCAUGCACGGUUUCAUCACCAUCGACAACCGAUUCGGCACCUUCGCCGAAACCUAUCGCCGGGGAUUCGACGUCAUGGUCAAGACUUGAAGAGCUCGACCCAUUGAUGUUCACGGACUUCCAGUGGAUGCCCGUUCCCUCGACCAGACGAUUGCCAAAACCGCAUUGCAAUGUGCUCAUGGCACAACUACGAGAUUACUUGCACACUGCAGUACCGACUCCGUUGAUGGACGCCGGAGUAGAGGUUGUCGACCUUCACGUUUACAUUGUGAAGAUCGACCGCGAGUUCAAGACACAACAGUACGACGACAUCGACGCACCAUUGCUAUGCGUACGCAUUCAGAUCGGAGAGGCGACCUGCAGUGCCUUGAUCGAUUGCGGAGCAUCUCGCAACUACAUCAGCCAGGACUUCAUGGUGCACGCCGGCCUUGGCCCAUGUGUCCGGAGGAAGCCCCAGCCUACGCAAGUCACAUUGGCGGACGGUCACACGCACAAGUCAAUCGACCGGUGCAUUGACAACGUCCCAGUGUACUUUGCCCCUCACGCAAGUGAGGCGGUGUCCUUUGACAUUCUGGACACCAAAUUCGACAUGAUCUUGGGCAUGUCAUGGCUGCGAAGCAAGGAUCACCCGUUCUUCUCUAAGCUGGAUCUCAAGUCAGGGUACCACCAACUCGAGAUUCGCAAGGAGGAUCGCUACAAGACCGCGUUCAAGACACGGUAUGGGCAUUUCAAAUGGCUGGUCGUACCGUUUGGCCUUACGAAUGCCCCAGCCACUUUCCAAGCGGCUAGGACAACGGAGUUCCGACACAUGCUGGAUCGGUUUGUACUCAUCUACCUCGACGACAUCUUGGUGUAUAGUCGGAGUUUGGACGAACAUGUGGAACACCUGCGCACCGUUUUGGAGCGGCUACGACAAGCCAACUACAAAGCAAACCGCGACAAGUGCGAGUUCGCACAGCAGGAGCUGGAGUACUUGGGACACAAUGUGACGCCGCAAGGCAUCCAUCCGCUUGCGGACAAGAUCGAGGCCCUACGAGUAUGGCCCGAGCCCACCAACACCAUGGACGUUCGUUCAUUCAUGGGGUUGGCGGGCUACUAUCAGCGAUUCAUCACCGGAUACUCCAGGAUUGCUGCACCUAUGACGAGGUUACAGUCGCCAAAGGUGCCAUUCGUAUUCGAUGAUGACGCACGCCGGUCAUUCCAAGCACUUAAGACGACUAUGCUCAUGGCACCCGUCCUUAGCAUCUACGACCCCACCCUGCCGACGCGAGUGACUACGGACGCUUCCGGCUAUGGCAUUGGGGUAGUCUUGGAACAACACGAUGGCGAAGACUGGCACCCUGUGGAGUAUUUCAACCACAAAGUGCCUCCCAUCAACUCGCUUGAUGAUGCAAGGAAGAAGGAGCUGCUCGCAUUCGUGAUGGCUCUCGAGCGCUGGCGGCACUUCCUCCUUGGGCGUCGUAGGUUCACAUAGGUCACAGACAACAAUCCAUUGACCUACUAUAAGACGCAGAACACGGUGAG